CGAACCCGACGAACACGAACUCGACGACCCCGAACCCGAUGAACACGAACUCGACAAUCCCGAAUCAUGCCACUGUGGAGGUACGCCGUACAAUAUCUCCAUACGACUUGACUGCUGCCGACAACCCAUGAGCUAUCAUCUCUCAUCCGCUGUUGAAAGGGAUGAAUUACGAAGAAUGGGCGUGUGGUAUGAAGACGGCACUCUGUUCUCGCAAAAAAUUUGGAUUCCUCGAUGGAUCCAUUGCUCGACCAGCUGAUGGAUCAUCCGAUCUUGAAGAUUGGUGGACCAUUCAGGCGCUGCUAAUCUCCUGGAUCCGGAUGACCAUUGAUCCGGUGUUGCGUUCCAAUAUUUCUCACCGAGACGUAGCCAAAGAUUUAUGGGAUCACUUGAAGAAACGGUUCUCCGUUACCAAUGGUCCCCGUAUUCAGCAACUCAAAGCGGAAUUGGCUUCGUGCAAGCAACGAGGACUUACCAUCGAGAGCUACUAUGGCAAAUUGAACCGGAUCUGGGAUAGCAUUGCACAUCACAGGCCAUUGCGUGUGUGCAAGUGUGGGAAGUGUGACUGCAAUCUCAACGCAUUGCAGGAACAAGAUCGAGAGGAAGACAAGGUUCAUGACUUUCUCUCGGGUCUUGAUGAAGUCUUUAACACGGUGAAGUCGACUCUGGUUUCACGUAUGCCGAUUCAACCUUUAGAGGAAGUGUAUAAUAUUCUUCGUCAAGAGGAAGAUUUGAGGAACAAUGUUAAAAAGGAGGAUAAUGUGGCUGACAUCACCGCCUAUGCGGUCCAUCAACGGGGUCGCGUUUCUUCAUCCGUUCGUGUUGAUGAUGGAACAGCCGUGUGUAAACACUACCACCGUAGUGGUCAUUCAUCGGAUAGUUGUUUUGCUGUUGUGGGUUAUCCAGAGUGGUGGGGUGAUCACCGAAGGAGUCGCAUGGUACAAGGACGAGGUCGUGGAAAUUAUUCUGGUGGUUCAUCGGGUGGCCGUGGUCGUAACAUGACUUAUGCCAAUGUGGUUCACGUGCCUCAAAUGCCACCUCCAGAACGUGCAAGUUACGUAAUCACCGAUAAAGAUCGUGAUGGUGUUAGUGGACUUGACGACAAACAAUGGGAGCGUCUCAUGAAGCUUCUCAAUGCUGGAGGAACUGCUGGAGCAAGCUCUAGUCAUGAAAAGGUUUCGGGACCGUGCUUCGAGGAUGAUGAUUGGUGCGGGUAAGCGGGAUUGUGGAACCUUUCGCUUUUGUAGAACGGAGUUGGGUGCGUUGGUGACUGAUAAAGCGGCAACAACAUAUGAGCUAUGGCACA